UGGAGAAAUACCUCCACAGUCUGAGCGGAGGAGCGCGCAUGUGUCCGCCCGCAGAGACGCGUCCAGGCGAUCAGACCCCGGCUUUGAUGAGGGAGUAAAUGAAACAGGGGCACCGCUAGCUGUGCAGGGAAAAAAAGAAAAAGAAAAGGAAAAGUCAUGGAUUUUAGGAGAAACCAUCUCCCCAUCUUUGUUUUGUUAAUAAGCAGCGCCUGGCAGACAUUUUCUGACACUAAUAAUGAGGAAAACUUUGCAGCUGAGUUUCUGCACCACCAGGAAGAUGACAACCAAGUUACCUCUUGUGAUUUUGAGUCGUCGUGCUAUUGGACUUUAACACACAAUGGCACUCACAGUGACUGGUCUGUGGUUUCGCCUCAGCAGCUCAAAGGCACUAUAGCCAGUGCAAUGCCUACACUCGAUCACUCAGCGGGACAACCUGAUGGACAUUUUCUUCUUCUCACCCCAACUGAUGCUGGGAAAUGUGAACACCGAAUAAUAAGUCCUGUCCUGCCAGGAAGCGAUAGACAUUGUGUUCUGCAGGUGGCUCUCUAUGAGGCCGGAACGACCAAGGGUAACCUGACGGUCUUGAUCAAACCAGCUCUGUCAACCUUGGUUAUCCACACAGAGGUUCUUAAUGACAGACCAGAUGCCCACAGAAAUGAGUGGCAGGUUCUCAAGGCUGUUAUUGGUCAUAUAGAUGAACCGUUUCAAGUGACGCUGCUCUACGCUUCCUGUGAGGGAGAAGGAAGAGUCAGUGUGGCUCUGGACUCUCUGGAUUUCAUAGACUGUGUCUCAGGUGUUACGGCCUCAAAGCUGAAUGACGAGUGCGGACAAUCUGUUCACUGCGUGAACUCGGGUGGAUGCAUCGAUCAGAGCCAAGUGUGUAACUUCCAUACGGACUGUCCGAUGGGAGAAGACGAGGGGCUGAUCUGUGACGCUCUUCCCUUUGGCUCAUACUGCUCAUUUGAGUCGGACUCAUGCGGUUGGUCCGCGUCCAGCCAGCACUCGGGAUGGAGGAGAGUCGCUGGUGAUGAGCUUCUGGAGAAACAGGACAUGCAGGGCGUCACUCUUCAGCGAACACCAGGGCACUUCUUCUACCUGCAGGUUAAAGAGAGUAACUCCUUUGUUGAAGCGUCUAUUCAGAGUUCUUAUUUCCCUGCUCCAGUCUCUACUACUGCAUGCCAGAUGCGUUUCUCUCUCUACUUGUACGGAACAUUUAAUGGCUCUUUGCAAGUUGCCAUAGAAGAAAAUGGAACAGCAGAUGCACCUCUUGUCUGGGAGAGACAAGAUCAGUCAACAGAUGACUGGGAAACAGUCGCACUGUUGCUGACUGGCCUUCAUCAUGGGUUCCAUGUCCAUGUGAAAGCCAUGUGGGGACAAGGCUCCAACGCUGAUCUCGCUUUUGAUAAUAUCGCCAUUGGAGCAGCAUGCUUCAACACAGAUCUAAACACCCUGCUGAAAAUUGAUGACUAUGAUUACCUGAGUCCCCUUCCUGAGCCUUCAGUCACAGAAGUCUCUCUGAUGACGUGGUGGUUUAACUCAUGUGGUGCCAGCGGCCCCCAUGGCCCAACCCAAGCCCAGUGUGACAGCACCUACAGGAACAAAAACGUCAGUGUCACUGUGGGGAAAGAAGGCCCCUUGAAAGGAGUCCAGAUGUGGAAGGUCCCGGCUACUAAUAGAUACCUUAUCUCUGCUUAUGGGGCGGCUGGAGGAAAAGGUGCCAAAAACCAUAACAAACGUAACCACGGAGUGUUUAUCUCGGCCAUAUUUCCAUUGGAAAAAGGAGAAAUACUUCACAUCUUGGUGGGACACCAGGGAGAGGACGCCUGUCCUGGGAGAAAUUCACUAACGCAGAAAAUAUGCCUGGGAGAGUCGUCUGUGAUUGAAGACAGCCGCAGGUCUGAGACCGGUGCAGAGCGAGCAGGCGGAGGUGGCGGUGGGGGAGGAGCCACUUACAUCUUUAAGGUGCAGGAUGGGAAGAUGGUUCCCUUGCUGAUUGCAGCUGGUGGAGGAGGAAAUGCCUACCUGGAGGACCCAGAAUAUAGUGUGGACCAGAUGCCGCUGGAACAGUUUGAAAACAGCACAGCAGCCCUGGGUACCAACGGUCGAACUGGACAUGCAGGUGGAGGUGGCGGUUGGAAGGACAGCCACAGUCCUAAUCUGAGCGCCGGCAGGUCUCUGGUGGAAGGUGCUAUGGGGGGAUCUUCAUGCCCCCUGGCUCUACAUAAGCUCAGCUGGUCGACCUUUGGCGGGUUCGGAGGUGGAGGUGGAGCCUGCACGGCAGGAGGUGGUGGAGGAGGAUACAGAGGAGGCGACGCUGCGCUGACAGAUGAUCUCACAGCCGAUGGACAGAAUGGUGUUUCAUUUAUACAUCCGAUGGGAGAGAUUUUCUUACAACCUCUGGCAGCCAUGGAGGGUCACGGCGAGUGUGAGAUCAAGGUGCAGCUGAACUGCAGCCACUGUCAGACGCAGAGCUGCAAGCGAGAGGAAGACACCCAUCUCAUCCUCUGUCUCUGCGACGACGAUGAGUUCCUUGCCAGCGACAAUGUCACGUGCGUUGGUGCUACAGCUACGCAGAGACCCAUCCUUCAGGGCCAGCUGUCCACGUCACUUAUCAUGGCUGUCGUGGUGUCCAUCAUCGUGAGCGGCAUUGCAUUGGUCUGCGCCGGCGUCAUCCUCAUGUGGUACCGCAAGAAGAACGACCUGCACGCAGUGCGGCGCCGCCUGCAGAGUCCAGAGUACAAGCUGAGCAAGAUCCGGUCCUCUACCAUCAUGACGGACUACAACCCUAAUUACUGCUUUGCAGGCAAGGCUGCCUCUCUCAGCGAUCUAAAGGAAGUGCCACGCAAGAACAUCACCCUCCUCAGGGCUCUGGGUCAUGGUGCAUUUGGUGAAGUUUAUGAGGGACAAAUUCUGGGAAUGAGUGCUGAUGGCAGUCCCAUGCAGGUGGCCAUAAAGACCCUUCCAGAAAUCUGCUCCGAACAAGAUGAAAUGGAUUUCCUGAUGGAGGCUCUGAUUAUGAGUAAGUUCAACCACCUGAACAUUGUCCGCUGCGUCGGUGUCAGUCUGAACAUCCUGCCUCGCUUCAUCUUGUUGGAACUGAUGACAGGGGGAGACAUGAAAAGCUUCCUGAGGCAGAACAGGCCACGAGCGGGUCAGACCUCAUCUCUCACCAUGCGGGACCUCCUGCAGAUGGCCAGAGACAUCGCAUGUGGCUGUCGAUACCUGGAGGAGAACCAGUUCAUCCACAGGGACAUUGCUGCCAGAAAUUGCCUGCUUACCUGUCCUGGACCAGACAGAGUGGCUAAGAUUGGAGACUUCGGCAUGGCUAGAGACAUUUACAGGGCAAGUUACUACAGGAAAGGUGGUCGGGCCAUGCUGCCAGUCAAAUGGAUGCCACCAGAGGCCUUUAUGGAGGGAAUCUUCACCUGCAAGACCGAUACCUGGUCAUUUGGAGUCCUACUAUGGGAAAUCCUCUCUCUGGGCUACAUGCCUUACCCUUGUAAAACCAACCAGGAGGUUCUUGAGUUUGUCACCAGCGGAGGCAGAAUGGAUCCCCCUAAGGGCUGCCCGGGACCUGCCUAUCGACUCAUGACCCAGUGUUGGCAGCACUGUCCAGAUCACAGGCCCAAUUUCGCCACCAUCCUUGAGAGAAUUAACUAUUGCACACAGGACCCUGACGUGAUAAAUACCCCUCUGCCUGUUGAAUAUGGCCCCAACACAGAAGAUGGCGGAGGCACAGUGAUGCGUCCCAAUGCCCCCACCUCAGCCAGUCUCACUCCUUUACUGGUGUCACGCCCUGUUUGCAAAGAUUCACCCUCCCAGCUUGGUUUCUCCCCAAAGGGUUUCACUCCACCUGCACCUCCCCCACAACCAACCAAACCUCGCCUUCUGCUACAAAGAACCCAACCGGUCCAUCAAGAGGUGACUUCAUUGUGUGAAGUGCUUGAGCCGUCCUGGGCAGAAACCGUUCCUGCCCCUUGUUCGUCUGCCGGGGCAACUUCUCUGCAUCCAGAGCCUCAGCCUCACCGACCUUGCUCCAGAAAUAGUUCCUCCUCAGGAAGUCAAAGGCUGAAAAACAAGACCAAGAACCUUUGGAACCCAACAUAUGGCUCAUGGGUGCUGGAAAACUUCAGGGGGAAGAAGACACUGGCUCACACUCAGUCUAUGCCGCUUUCAAGUUCAACCUCCAACCCCCAGUCUUGCAGCUCUACUGCAGAAAACAACAAAACUGGUUGUGAUGGAACCAACAGCACCUACCUCAGCCCAGCUUUAUCUCCAGCCUGCCAGGUUCAAGCUGCCCCUCCUAUGUCUGCCCACAAGGCUCCAGCAGGCAGCACCACUAAUGCUGGAAUGGACCUGGCUAAACUCCAGAGUUUCCCCUGUGGAAAUGUCAACUAUGCCUAUGAUGAGCAGAGCUACGAGGCAGAGAGUCUUCCUCUUGUGAAGCCCAAAGUCUCAGAAGCCAUCACCAGCCGCAGCGGUCCUCAGAGCGUUGCACCAGGGACCAGUCUGGGUCUGGCCCUGGGCUUCAGCACCGCCUCAGCCUGUAUGCCUAAACUUCUGCUGAAACGUCACGCUAGCUACGGGCAUGAGGACGUGAGGAGACACACUAAAACAGAGAAACUCAGUCGUGACAGGGACUCUGGCUUUUCUCUGUCUGAGGACCUGAGUGUCGCCCACAUUUAGAAAUCAGCAUGUGGCCACAGAGACUUUGAUUCUGAUUAAAUCUGUCAACUGGACGAAGAGCUCUGCAAAGAGUCAAAGGAUUAAAUGACUGCAGCUCCUGAUAUGCUGGAAAACUCAAUGAAAUGCUGACUUUUACUUAAAUCCUCUAUAUUUUAACACAGAGGCAGUGCUGUACUGAGUGGCCUACAGAGGUAGCUAAACACUGAUGCUGAAAUAUUUUCGCUGUUAUGUAGUUGUCUUUUUAUCCUGCUUUUAUUUCAGGAGAGCUUUGGCAAAAGUGUGAUAUGUUGAACCUCAAGAGGUUUUGAGUCACUGUUUAGGAAAUACUGACAUCUUGUGGUCAAUAGGGUAUUUAGCAAAGCCUUCAGAUAAAGGAGGCGCAUAUUUAAUUUAAGGUCAUAAUAUAUAUGUAAGAAAAAAAAGUAAUUUGGUUUUUAGCAGCUUCUUUCACUAUUAAACACACAACCAUGGAUGUGUUGGACAAAUGAACUCAGAAGGAAAACAAUUGAAAAAAAAAAAAAGAAACUGCAAAUUUGUGCCAAACAAAUGACAUCUUUUUAGUUUAAAGCAUUUGCUCUAAUUUUACUAUCCUUUCAUUUUAGAAUUUAAGAGUAAAACUAUUCAUUUUUUUUCUUUUUUUCAUCUACAUAAAGACUUUCAUUUACCCUAUUUUUUAUUCUUUUAUGUUGUUUUCUUCCCCCUUAUAUACAGUAUAUGUACGACCCCCAUUAGUUUUUUCUACAUCUGGACAGAUGUUGCUAUUUACAUCUUUAUACCUCCUAUAAUCCCCUAUAAUAUAUAUUAGCUAAUUUCUCUGUUUCAUUUAUCUGUUUAAUCUUUCGUCUACAUUAAUCUAUAUGUAGAUGAUGCUGUAAUCACUGGAGUUUAUGAAGAAACACUUUGCCAAUCCUACUUGGAUCUGCGUCUAGGUUUAUGUUAUUGUGCUAUUCCUAUGCUUCUGUCAAAGGUUUUCAUCCAUUUUUCAUUAGCGGAGACGUUGAGUUCUCAGUUUCUGCUUUCUGACAUAAAAUGGUCAUUAUGUAUAAAGAAAAACACAUGAAGCAUAGGCUUAAAUUUAUUGAGGAUUUCUUUGUGUUCAAGAAUCAGAUUUGCACAAACUGUCUCAGUUUCAGGGUUAAAUAAAAAUAACUGUUAAACAGGAAGGAUUUUUUUCUACAUAAUGCAAAUGUCUUUAAUUUCUUGAUUGUGAUCAGAACUGGGUGCAGCUGAGGACUUCUCUUUGCAUCACAAAAGAAGAUCUGUUUUACAGCACUUAUUGGUCUCACAGUUAAGUGAAUUAGAUAAUAUCUGUCCAAAUAAUUGCACACAAGUUCAGGUCAUUCG